UGAACUUUGUCACUUUAGUCAGUUAUUAUCUACUCUGAGAGUUUCUGCUGCUGACAGGAAACUGAUCUCAGAGACUCUCGUCAGUCGACCGUGUUCUGACUCCUCAGAGUUUCCAAAUAUUGAGCGCCUUUCAGCUUCCUCCUCCAUCUGAGCCUUCACCCUCCAUCGGCCCCACAGUUCCGCCUGCAACCAUGGACAGCAUCCCGAGGAACUGGGUACUGAAGCCUCUGUCCCCCCUGCUGCAACCCUCAGACCUGCGCACCAUCGCCGGCCCGGCACGCAGUGAGUCCCCAGACCUGAACGAUCCAGUCUUCAGCUCCGACAGCAUCUCCGUUGCUCGUAGUCAUUCCACAGUGGUCGUCUCCUCCCAGCAGGGUGAAGGGUGCAGACAGGUUGUAGUUCAGGCGGGGCAGGUCGCUGUGUUGCAGGAUGGAGAGAGCACCAGCGACGAGUGGCAUCCCAGCAGCCCCAGCGACCCCAGCAGCCCCAGCAGCAGCUCAGGCUCUCACUGCGGUUUCUACUCCUUUGUUGAGGAUCCGGCGAGUCCCGAGGCCGAGCUGAACGAAGCCUGGAUGGUCUCAGCCCAGCGACAGACUCAGCUGGCGACCCUGAAGGAGGAGAAAGGAUUCAAACUACAGACCUACACCAGCAGCAGGAAGCCAGAGAGUCUAUUUGCAGAGAACGAUGGAGACGCACAGUACGAAGUGGAUCUGAAGAACGACAACAAUGACGUACGGGAGACAGAGGAGAAGCAGCUUCGGAAGGAGAUAAUUCGCAGCCAAGCGCCGAAGAAGAACCCAACAUUCAAAGAUCAGCUGAGUGCGCUGGAGGAUCUGGAUCUGAGCAGAUCUACGAACAAACUCAAGGAAGGUUUCAGCAUGAGUUACAGUACUGUCAGCUCCAGAACAGAACCCCCCUGCCCUGCUGAGCCCGGGACCGUUGACAAGGAGCAGAUCAACUUCAGCGCUGCCCGACAACAGUUCCUGAAGAUGGAGCAGGACCGGCUGACUGCACUGCCAAGCCCUCUGAGGUCCUCAAGGACACAUCUGAAUGUGUCUCUGCAGCAAGAUCCUGAUGUGUCCUCGUCAAAGCAGUUGGAGACAUACGACAACUUGGAGGUUAGCGAAGAUACAACAACUUCUAUACCAACGGAAGAAGACGAGAUCUAUCCAGAGAGGAAGCUGACGGUGUGCCGGACCGAAGAGAGUCCCAGCUGGCAGAGUGUUGUGUUCGAUGACCUGGACUCCGGCCUGGAUGGGCGGUCUGUGGAGGUGGGCGGCGGCUACAUCAGUGAUGAAGGCGUGUUCUAUGACGACACUGAGCAAGAGAACAGGAGCUGCAAGUCCAAUAGCGACUAUGAGACCCCGAUUGAAAGGGAGAUCCGGUUAGUUCAGGAACGUGAGGAGAACCUACGACGCUCUCGAGGGCUGAAGCUCAGCGACAGCAGAGCAGAGAUGGUCGAGAUCAAAACCAAACGUUUACAGUUGCCACUAACCCCCAUCAAAGCUAAAGAAAAGAACCGAGUAAGCUUCGUCAUCCAGCGUGAGAUCCAGAAGGAGAGCCAGAGUAAGGAGGAGCCUCAGCAGCAGGGAGGGAUCCUUGGACGAAACAGUCCAGAUCCUCCACAGGGGCUGGAGUUUGACCAACAAGAAAAGGACAAGAGGACGGAAGAAAGACCUCAAUCUGAGUCUGGAGAUGCCGAAGUCUUCCUGUCGCCAUGCUGUCCUCAUCGACACCCCGAAGAAACUGAGUUGUACAUCAGCCAAAUGAGUUCAGCUCCUUCUUCCUUCUCUACGAGGGGCUCAGAGGUCCAGGAUACAAGAGGAACUUCUUCAUCCUCCAACCUCUCCUCCUCUCACUCCUCCCCAACACCAACACCUCACCGUGAUACUACGUCGACCACACCUUGGUCCUGGAGGGAGAAGCUGGAGUCCAACGGCUUGCAGUCCAGAGGAAGAGGAGCUCCAGAUUUCAUAGAGAAGGAGAUCGAGGAGGCCCUUAGACGGGAGCAGGAGCUGAGGGAGCUGAGGGAAUCCACGGAGCUGAGGGAGUCCAGGGAGCUGAGGGAGUCCAGGGAGGAAACUGAUGGGUCGUUCUUCUCUCCAGCUCCUCUGUUGGAACAGGCAACCAAAGUGGCCGUCAGUCAGUUCUACCCAUCUGUGAACACAGAUCAACCCGUCAGUGUGUCUCUGUCUCCUCGUCCGUUCGUCCGUCUACCCUCCAUCUCCUUCAUCACGGCUCAGCCCUGGUCCUCCCCACCUCCUCCCUCCUCCUCCUCCUCUUAUCCUAGCUCCUCCUGCCCCCUCUCCCCCUCUUUCUCCUCCUCACCUCCUCCCUCCUCCUCCUCUCAUCCUAGCUCCUCCUGCCCCCUCCCCCUCCUCCUCAGAGGUCUGACGGAGACCCUGCUCCAGGACUUUAAGGAGAGACGAGUGAAGCUGGAUGAGAGCGUGUACGCAGGAAUUCAGCCGGUCGACGACGUGAAUAACGAGGUUGUUGAGUCGACUCGAGUCAUUCGACAUAAAAACCAACGUGCUCUGCUGUGGGAGGCCGGAGUGUUCUCCAAUCAGGAGGACCAGUGAGAUGACCAGGAGAAUGACAUGGUGCCUCCUUCACUAGCAGGACUUCUCACAGAUUUUCUCCUUCAGCUGACUUUAAAAUGGUUUUAAACUGGACCGCUCUGAAGAAACGGCUGCUCCUGAUUGGUCCCCCCUCCUCGUCCAAUCAGCUGCCAGAGGCUUAGUAGAGCCUCAAACGAGGUGAUGUGUCUGAUUCAUAAAAGAGGUGAAGAGUUAAAGUGAGCAAAACAGGAUGUUUCUGAUUUUCAUGAUUUUAAAGUGAUGCAUCUAAAAAUGACACAAGAAUAAAAAUCUUUUUUCAAACUGUCUGUUCAGAUUUCAGAAUAAGAGAUUUAAGGAAUAUGAAAUGUAAAUAAAGUUCACAGUGACAACGAGGCCAAAGGAGUCAUCUGAAACAAAGCAUUCAUAAUGGAUAUUGUUCAAAUAUAACAAAUUACAUUAGAAUUAAUGACAUUCCUAAAAAUAUUACAUUAAAACCGUUAAAAGAAGUUUAACUCUGUUUGAUUAUUCUGC